GAUUGCGGUUCCGGUUACAGAUCUAUUCUGCGUUGGCCUUUAUGUACACAAAAACAAUUUAAUUUUUGUAUAAAAAAAGUAUAACUUGCCCAAUUAUAGGAUUGUUUUAAUGAGCUCCGAAAUCUUUUUUAUAUACUUUUCACACGUAAAUUAAAACAAAAAUAAUAUCUUUUAUCCAGGUAUUAUAACAUUUUUAAUUCUAUCUUCAUCAGAUAAUUUAUAUUAAAAUCAGUUUGAAAAACAAGAAGACAGAAUCAUUAAAUGCAAGUGAAAAAUAUAUGUAAAUAAUAAGAAAUGUUUAUCGCAAGACAAAUUUUUUUAAAACGAAUAAAUAAAAAAUAUUAUAGUGAUUUUGUGAAAAUAGUCGAAGUUGGUCCUCGCGAUGGAUUACAGAAUGAAAAGAAAAUUAUUCCAACAUCAAUAAAAGUAGAUUUUAUCAACAAACUUUCAGAAACAGGACUGCAAGUUGUCGAGGUGACGAGUUUUGUUUCACCAAAAUGGGUUCCGCAAAUGGCUGACAAUGUGGAAGUUUUUAAAGGAAUAAAAAAAUUUGAAGGAAUAAAUUAUCCAGUUCUAGUUCCAAAUGUAAAAGGACUAGAGAAAGCAAUUGAAGUGGGUGCAAAAGAAGUAUCAAUUUUUGGUACUCCAUCAGAAACAUUCUCCCGCAAGAAUACAAAUUGCUCGGUAACUGAGAGUAUGUCGAAAAUGAAAGAAAUCAUUAAUAUCGCGAAGAAGAAUAAUUUAAAAAUUAGAGGAUAUGUCUCAUGUGUUGUUGCAUGUCCAUAUGAAGGAGCAAUCAAACCAUUUGCAGUGGCAAGCUUAUCGUCUGCCUUGUUGGAACUCGGAUGUUACGAAAUAUCGCUUGGUGACACGAUAGGCGUUGGAACACCGAAAAAAGUCAAGUCUCUUUUAAACGAAAUAAAAGAAAUUGGUGAUUUCAGUAAGUUUGCUCUUCAUUUGCAUGAUACUUAUGGUCAAGCUAUAGGAAAUAUCUACACUGGUCUCGACUAUGGAAUAAGAACUUUCGAUUCAUCAGUCGCCGGUCUUGGUGGUUGUCCAUAUGCCGAAGGUGCCACUGGAAAUGUAGCCACUGAAGAUGUACUUUAUUUUCUAAGUGAACAAGGUCUGGAAACUGGAAUUAAUUUAGAAAAAUUAACCAAAGUCGGAGAAUUCAUUAGCACUCAAUUGGAGAGAAAGAAUCAAUCCAAAGUUGGUAAUGCUUUACUGUCUAAAGUAAAAAAGACAAAAAUUUGUGUCUGAUAAGAAUAAUUUCACAAAAAAUAUGGAAUAUUUCUCCCGGGACCAAUGUUUUUAAAUAUUGUUACUGUUAACAAUAAAAUACUGUUGCCUAUAUUUUUAUAAACUUUAAGACUGUUUUUAAAUAUAAUGAAUUAAAUUUA